UCCUGUUAUCACAGUGCUAUGGGAAGCAGAUGCCUGCCCCUGCUCUCAGGUCUCAGUGUCCUGCUGGCUCUGUCAGGAUCCGAUGCCAAGAAUUCUGGAGCUUUCUGUCCCAUGUGCCCUGAAAAUGCCAGCUGCUUCAACAGCACCCACUGUGCUUGUAAAGAUGGAUUUCAGUCCGCGUCUGGGGGGAGGUACAUCAAGCCCCACGAGAAAUGUGAAGAUAUUGAUGAGUGUAAGGCUGGGCUGUCAAAGUGCAAGAACAAAGCAUACUGCAGAAAUAAAAUUGGAAGUUAUUACUGCAGCUGUAUCUCUAAUUCUAUCUUCAACUGGGUGGCUAGCUUCAUUAAAGUAGAUCGUGAAGCAUGUUAUGAGGGCACCAGUAAGGGGACAUCAUCCUCAGGAAACAUUCAGGAAAUUCUGAGGAACAAUGGAACCACCAAAGAGCAGAUUGCAAAGAUAGCUACCCAGCUAUUUCAAGAAAUGGAAGUGAACAUAUGGACUGAGGGUUUAGCUUCUCCAGGAAAGUAUGAUAAUUCUACACUUGGUAUAGUCUAUGAAAUCAAGAGGUGCAAUGAGACAAGUGAGAAGACUGUUCUGGAAGCUGGAAAUAACACUAUGAAUAUCAACUGUACCGAUGCUUUCAAAGGAACCACAAGAGAUAAAAGUGCAGUUGCAAUCAUCACUUAUCAGAGUUUUGGGGAUAUUCUGAAUGGAUCCUUUUUUAAUGAUGAAAGAGGGACACAGGAAAUGAAACUGAACUCUCGUGUCGUGAGUGGCACCAUUAGUAUGAAGAAAAAAGUACGCCUGUCUAAACCUGUGUUCCUGACCUUCCAACAUAUUCAGCCUGGUGUUGAAAGAACAAAACCUUUCUGCGUCUUCUGGGAAGGAUCAGAGGAGGGGGGCACCUGGUCAACAAAGGGCUGCUAUCAUGUGCACAGCAAUGAUUCACACACCAAAUGCAAGUGCUUCCACCUUUCCAGCUUUGCUGUCCUCAUGGAUUUUGUUCCCAAGGUGGAUCCUGUGCUGACUGUGAUCACCUAUGUGGGACUGAGCCUCUCUCUGCUGUGCCUCCUCCUGGCAGCCCUCACCUUCCUCCUAUGCCGAUCCAUCCAGAACAUGAGUACCUCCCUCCACUUGCAGCUCUCCAUUUGCCUCUUCCUGGCCCACCUGCUCUUCCUUACAGGGAUUAAUCAAACUAAGCCUGAGGUGCUGUGCUCCAUCAUUGCAGGGGUGCUGCACUACCUCUACCUGGCCGCCUUCACCUGGAUGCUCCUUGAAGGGCUGCAUCUCUUCCUCACUGUUAGGAAUCUCAAGGUGGCCAACUACAUCAGUACAGGCAAAUUCAAGAAGAAGUUCAUGUACCCUUUUGGCUAUGGGAUUCCAGCUCUGAUUGUGGCUGUGUCUGCAGUAAUAGGACCCCAAAAUUAUGGAACACACACACACUGCUGGCUCAAGUUCGAUAGAGCAUUCAUCUGGAGUUUCAUGGGACCAGUGGCAGUCAUUAUCUUCAUAAACUUGGUGCUGUAUUUCCAAAUUCUGUGGAUUUUGAGAAGCAAGCUUUCCUCCCUCAAUCAUGAAGUUUCUACCAUUCAGGACACCAGAGUCAUAACAUUUAAAGCCAUUGCUCAGCUAUUUAUCCUGGGCUGUUCUUGGGGCCUUGGAUUUUUUAUGGUUGAAGAGCUGGGGAAGGUGAUCAGAUUAGUCAUGGCAUACACAUUCACCAUCAUCAAUGUCCUGCAAGGCAUUUUGCUCUUUGUGGUACACUGUCUCCUUAAUCGCCAGGUGCGAAUGGAAUACAAGAAAUGCUUUAGCGGGAUCUGCAAAGGGGCUGAAACUGAGAGCACUGAUGUAACUCACUCUAUGACCCAAAUGAAAAUGGAGGAACUACGGAUGUCAUCAGAAGUUUUUCCUAGAAGAGACCUUGCUUCUUGGUAAUCUAUGGCCUGAGACUCGUCCUGUCUGUGCUAUUUGACAAAGAAUAGAAACCUGAGCUGGUUCUGGACAGCGCCUCCCCUGGUCACACAUGGAUGGGACAAAUGCCAUCAUCUGUAUCUUCCUCCUGAAAGCAGUUCUGAGACUUUUCUCUAUCUUGGCUUCUAUCUCAAGAGAUAGAAGGGGUCACUGGGAGACCUUUGAGACCCUUACUCAAUAUUGUAUAUCAUGUGCCAUUAAAUACUCAAGGAAUGAUUUUUAGUAA